UUCCUCUGCCGACAAAACAAAAAGGUUUGAAAAAGAAAAAGAGGGCUUAAAAAUUUAUUGCGAAAAUCCAGAAAGGAAAUGUCGUCGCAUUGCCACCGUCACCUCGACUUGUGAGCUUUUGCUCGCUGGUCCAGGCCAGUGUUUGGAUCGCGGUCUUGUUGUCGUCUUGUCGGAGUGCUCGCCUCAAAUCACGGCGAGCGAGGCUGCCAACACUUUGCUCCUUCCAACCUCGGAUGUUCGGGACCUGACAAAGGAGGGGGCCGGUGGAGGACCUGGAGGUCCAGGCUCUAAGUGCGAGCGGGCUGGAGGCCCGUACGCCUCCCGGCGGUUGUGAGCCAGAAACGGGCCGCGACAGCCGGGCCGUCGGGCAGCCAGCGGACCGUCUUCUGCGGACGUCUCCGGCCGAAAUCCUCCGGGGACCGACGGGGUGUGCUUCUCUCUCCGUCUUUGCAACGUUUGCACGGCGAACGUCGGGCUUGUGUUGGCCCGCGGACGUCCGGCCGUGACCGUCCUCCCCCUCAUCCUCCGUCGCCAUGGCAGCGCUCAUCAAAGAGAUCGUCAGCCGAAAUAAAAGACGGUACCAGGAGGACGGCUUCGACCUGGACCUCACUUACAUCUACCCCAACAUCAUCGCCAUGGGCUUCCCCGCCGAGCGUCUGGAGGGCGUCUACAGGAACAACAUCGACGACGUCGUGCGGUUCUUAGACGCAAAGCACAAGAGUCACUACAAGAUCUACAACUUGUGUGCGGAGCGACAUUACGACACGUCCAAGUUCAACUGUCAAGUGGCCGAGUACCCGUUUGAGGACCACAACCCGCCGCAGCUGGAGCUGAUCAAGCCCUUUUGCGAGGACCUGGACGCGUGGCUGAGCCGCGAUGAGCAGCACGUGGCCGCUAUCCACUGCAAGGCCGGGAAAGGCCGCACGGGCGUCAUGAUCUGUGCCUACCUGCUGCACCGCGGGAAGUUCCGCGAGGCUCGUGAGGCUCUAGACUUUUACGGCGAAGUUCGCACGCGGGACAAGAAGGGCGUGACCAUCCCCAGCCAGCGUCGUUACGUGUGCUACUACAACACGCUACUGAGGAGCAGACUCCACUAUUCGCCUGUGGCUUUGCUCUUCCACAAGAUGCUCUUUGAAACCAUUCCCAUGUUCACCGGGGGGACCUGCAGUCAGUACACACACACAUACACAAACACACCCUCACCUUAUUCUUCGCCCCCGCUCACGUUGUCGUCACGUCCGGUCCUGUGUGCAGAUCCCCUGUUUGUCAUCUACCAGCUGAAGGUGAAGAUCCACACGUCCAACCCGGCGUUCACGCGCCGCGAAGACAAGCUGAUGCUCUUCGAGUUCCCGCAGCCGCUCCCCGUGUGCGGCGACAUCAAGGUGGAGUUCUUCCAUAAGCAGAACAAGAUGAUGAAGGACAAGAUGUUCCACUUUUGGGUCAACACCUUCUUCAUUCCCUGGCCCGACGAGGACCCGCAGAGGCUGGAGAAUGGCCAAAGCGGAACCUUGCGGGACGCCGGAUCUGAUAGGACUCUGCAGAACCAGGAAUGUGGCAGUAACGAUGACGACGACUUCCUGGUUCUGACUUUAAUGAAGAACGACCUGGACAAGGCCAACAAGGACAUAGCCAACAGAAACUUCUCGCCCAACUUUAAGGUGAAACUGUUCUUCACCAAGACGGCGGAUGAAGGCGGCGGCAGCGACCGCGAAGCCAACAGCGCGUCGGUGACGCCGGACGUCAGCGACAACGAACCCGAUCACUACCGCUACUCGGACACCACCGACUCGGACCCUGAGAAUGAGCCCUCCGACGACGACCGUGACCAGAUCACCAAGGUGUGAGCCGCCCGUCGGGCCAUCGGCCGCCGAAGCUCCAGGACCGCCGCGACCUUCGGACGCCACCCCUCGCCCCGGUCAACGGCGGCAUUGUUGGGCGGCGUGCCCGUUAUCGUGCCGUAUAAGGUCACGGAGAGAAACGCCUUCUCGGUGACUGUCAAGAAAUCAUUCCUUCCACUUCCUGGCUUUGCCACAGAGACCUUCAGCGCAUUUGUUUGGACACUUACAAUACAAUACAAUACAUGCUGAUUUAUAUAGCGCUUUCACAACAGCGGCAGCUGUAACAAAGCGCUUGACAAAACAGUUAGCAUCAAGUAAAACACUUGAAGCGGAGUUGCCAGAAGCGGCGCCCAUUCGGGGCUCCAAAAGCCGAGACGCAACUUCCAAGUCGGGGAAGUGGAAAAAAAGAUCCCAGCUUCAGUCCGGAAAACGUGUUCGAAUGGAACGUCUUUGUUUUCCAAAGGCAUCAAACACUGUCCAGUGAAUAAAGAAAAUAUUUAUGAAA